CACAAGCCUCGUCUCGUGGAUUGUUUGCAGGGAGGGAUUGAGCCGCCCCUCUUGCUUGAAUUCCCCGUGAGUCCAAUCCUCAUACGUCAUUGCAAAUUCUCGAUGGGAAAUGCGACCUCAGUUUAUACGUCGUGACUGUGAUGAGAUGGGGUUCAGAGAUGGCUCAGUUGGCCAUCCGCGAUGAGGUUGUGUCUCGAUGAUUGCAAGCCAGGUAUCUGAAGCAGGGUUACAAUUUUAUGGCCUAGGGUUGUGGUCGACGCCGUGAAUUUUGCUCACGCUUCUUUCCCAAACUCCUGGCGGGUGUUCGUGGAUUGUUUCUUGGACUCUGAAGUUUGGCGUAGUGGUGUUGGAAGUGACAGGAACGCGAGGAUCAGGUGAGCCGCAAUGUGGAAAGUGACACAGAAAGGUUGGAUUGCUACACUCGACUAGUGUAGGGGUUGGAUUGAUGCCGAAGUGAUCGCGCGAAUCCGUAUUUUGCGAGGUGGAUUAAUUCUGGGAGUGAUUCUUGAUGAGAAAAGCAAUUGGGUGCCUUUGACAGCUGGAGAACAGAGCAGUCAUGCUGUCAUGGGGAGGAAUCACUUUGUGCUUAAGCGGGGCAGCGCUAUACUGCUUGAGUCGCAACACAGGACGCGAUGCCCUCAAUCUCAGGUCCAUUGAGCGGGUGAACCAGCUCAAAGACUUGGCUAUAUUGUUAGAAUCAGCAUGCAAGGUAGUUCCCUUGGUGGUGACUGUGGCUGGUCGUGUUGGGUCCGAGACCCCAAUUGCUUGCGAGCAUUCAAGCUUACGAGGGGUGAUCUUGGAGGAGACCGCAGAACAGCACUUCCUCAAGCAUAAUGACACUGGCUCGUGGAUUCAGGACUCGGCUCUCAUGCUGUCCAUUAGCAAAGAGGUUCCAUGGUAUCUGGAGGAUGGUACUGGUCGUGUAUACAUCGUUGGGGCCCGGAAUGCAGCGGGCAUGGAGCUCACGGUUGCCAGCGAAGUUUUCGAGGAGUCUGGACGGUCGCUAGUGCGUGGAACGCUGGACUAUUUGCAGGGAUUGAAGAUGUUGGGCGUGAAACGGGUGGAGAGGGUCCUUCCUACAGGUACCAACCUUACCGUCGUCGGAGAAGCUGUGCAAGACGACCGAGGCCUUAUUCGAAUUCAGAAACCUAACAAGGGGCCGUUCUACGUGACUCCUAAGAGCCUAGAUCAGCUUGUUGCGAAUUUGGGCAGAUGGUCGCGGUGGUAUAAGUACAUGUCGCUCGGGUUUACCAUCGUGGGCAUUUACUUCAUUACAUCCCACGCUAUCAAGCAUUUUAUGGAGCGCCGGAGGAGGGAAGCUCUGCACAGGAGGGUGAUGGAAGCUGCAGCACUUCGACAGGCAUCGCAACGAGAAGGCGGCGAUGGGGACAUGGGCGAUGUUACUUCACACCCACUUGAUGAUAGCGUAGAUACUUCUCAGAAGAAAGACAGAGGGACGCCUGACUUGUGCGUCAUAUGCUUGGAGCAAGACUACAAUGCCGUAUUUUUGCCGUGCGGGCACAUGUGCUGCUGCACAUCGUGCUCAGCGCAGCUCACGAGUUGUCCGCUUUGUCGACGCCACAUCGACAAAUUUGUGAAAACGUAUCGGCACUAGUGGCCUCUUCCUUAUUCUUGUUAUUAAUGCCGAGUGGUGAUGUUAGCUGGAUGUGUAUUUAUGAAUGGUAGAGACUGAGGAAAGGCCAGAUAUGCUUUGAGGCAGAAGUUUAAAAGUGUAUGCAGAGAUAUGCACCGAUUGCACUUAGGAUAAAAGAAACUGUGACAUGGCAGACAGUUGAUAUUACCAGAUUUUGUUGGCCAUGGGGAAUACUCGUUGAGCCAGCUGGCUGGUUUUCAACAAUUGGGUACUAUAAUAUCAAUCUCUUAGCAGACUUUCUAUUGCGAGGAUAAAGAUUCUCAUUCCAUAAUAGCAGGUUCAUUUCCCCUUUUUGUUAUGAAGCGAAAGCAUUAUGUAUUAUUGCUGUUAAAAGCGUCUUUAUAAAUCAACUUGUGUACGCUUACAUGCU